GUUCACCGCAAAAACUUAUUUUUUCGUCUUUUGGCUUUAUAAUACCGAAGCGCAGAGGAUUCCCCUUUACACAAUUCCUCGGAAAUCAAGGAUAAGACGUAACGUGUAAUCAAAAUAAGUAGUAUACAAAAAAAAAAAAAAAGGACGGAACCGCAUGAUAAAUUCACAAGGCAAAUAAGAUAAGAAACACAUUAUACAAAAUAAGCUUAAACAUGACCUCCUCAUCCUCUAAUCUUACAGCUUCCAUUGUGGCAGCAGUGGCAUGGGUUACACUUCUUACAGGAGCCAAAUUAACGUUAGCAGCCGCAGCAGUGUCGCAAGAAUCAGAAGCUCAGGCAUUGUUGGAAAGUGGGUGGUGGGAUGACUAUCUCAGCAACACUGCUGAACAUUGUGGUUGGGCUGGGGUAACGUGCAACAAUGAUGGAACCGUCACCGAUAUAUGCCCUCCAGAUUAUUUAACUGACUUAAAGGAAGCAUUCCUCCUAGUUUGGGUCAUCUAUCGAAACUUAGAUCGCUGUCCCUUGGGAGCAACCCAACUUAGUGGACCUAUACCAGCAGAAAUUGGGAAGCUAAAUAAUUUGGUUACUUUGAAUCUGUCCAGCAACUCUAUUUCAGGUCCAAUACCUUCUGACUUGAGUGAAUUGAUCAAUUUGGCAUAUCUUAACCUUGGCUCUAAUGAUCUCAUCGGUUCCAUCCCUCAAGAACUUGGAAAUAUGAAGAAUCUCAGCUUUCUACGUAUAGAUAGAAACCAGCUCGCCGGUCCAUUACCUCCAUCUUUGGGGCUUUUCUCCAAGUUGAAGUACCUAAAUCUUCGGGCAAAUCAAAUAAGUGGCCCCAUCCCACUAGAAAUUGGAAAUAUGAAGAAUCUCAUAUCUCUACGUAUGGGGAGAAACCAACUUAACAGUCCGCUGCCUCCAACUUUGGGUCUUUUGUAUAGGUUGAAGCACUUAGUUCUUCAGGUAAAUCAAAUCAAUGGUUCCAUCCCCUCAGAGAUAGGAAAUAUGAAGAAGCUCAGCCUUCUACGUAUGGACAAAAACCAACUUAUUGGUCCGCUACCUCCAACUUUGGGUCCUUUAUCCAAGUUGAAGAUAUUAUGUCUUGAUUCAAACCAAAUCAAUGGUUCCAUCCCAUUUCAGAUUGGGGACUGCUCCAGUUUAAUGGUGUUGUCAUUUAGCAACAAUAACUUAACUGGAAGCAUCCCUUUCCAAAUUGUUAGUCUUUCUAUGCUUCCAAAAUUCUAUGUUGAUCACAACUUCAUCACUGGAGAGAUACCUUACCAACUUGAGAAUUUAACAAAUUUAUGGACCUUGGAUCUCAGCUACAAUUGCCUUACAGGUGCCAUCCCUAUUCAGCUUGGGAAUUGCUUGAAAUUAAUGGUCUUAUCAUUGAGCAACAACUACUUAAAUGGAAGCAUCCCCCUUCAGAUUGGUAAUCUCUAUAACCUCUCAUUAAUUAAUAUCAGCCACAAUGCCAUCAGUGGAGAGAUACCUUCCCAACUUGGGGAUUUACCACACUUGGAGGUCUUGGAUCUUAGUUACAAUAAUCUCUCAGGCCAAAUCCCAAAUAAAUUGCUUCAUUUUCCAAAAUGGUCUUUCAUAGGAAACAAGGGAUUAUAUGAUCACCAUCUUAGGAACAAAGUGUUGAGGUGUGUUAAAAUUAUUCUUCCCACCACCAUUUGUCUCACCUUGAUAUCUCAGGCUCUUCUGUUGUUUUCUAGAAAGAUACAUGGAGCUAAAACUAGGGAUGUAGAUCCAAGUCCAAUGAAAAAUGGGGUUAUAUUCUCAAUAUGGAACUUUGAUGGAAGGGUUGCGUAUGAAGACAUAAUUAAACCAACUGAAGAUUUCAAUAUUAGAUAUUGCAUUGGUACUGGUAGCUAUGGCAGUGUUUAUAAAGUACAAUUGCCAAAUGGCGAAGUAGUUGCUUUGAAGAAGCUUCACCAAAGGGAAGCAAAAGAGCCAGCUUUUGAUAAAAGUUUUAGAAAUGAGGACUUAUCGAGCAACAACAUUCUUUUGAACUUGAAAUUGGAGGCUUUUGUUUUCGAUUUUGGAAAUUCCAGGUUUUUGGAUCUUGCUUCAUCCAAUUAUACCGUACUUGCUGGCACUUAUGGUUAUAUUGCACCAGAGCUAGCCUAUACAGUUGAUGUGACUGAGAAGUGUGAUGUUUAUAGCUUUGGAGUUGUGGUAUUAGAAGUAUUGAUGGGAAGGCAUCCUGGGGAACUAUUGACAUCAUUGCCAUCAACACCAUCUUCUUUGCAAAAUGUGAUGCUAAGUGACAUUAGAUACACGUUUAUUGCCUCCAAGAAGUAAAAAUCUUGCUCAGAAUAUUAUAAUUGCUGCUACAAUUGCAUUGGCUUGCUUGCGUGCAAAACCCAAGUCCAGGCCAACAAUGCAAUUUGUGUCUCAACAAUUAGUUGCUUGCCAAAGACCACUCUUGAAGCCUUUUCCAGCUAUUUCUCUAUUAGAGCUACGGAAUUGUGAAUUGGAGAUGGAAAAUGAAAUAGAAUCUCUACC